UCGGCCCUGAGGGCGGGGCGGAGAGCAGGUCGGGGGCUGCGGGGAGGGGACGCUUUCCGCCGGCGCGCGGAGCGGGGACGGUGACAGCCACGCGCGCACGUGCGCGCCUGGCUGCAGCGCGUCCCUGAGACCUCCAUCAGUUGCUGAGAGGCGCGCGGAAUCUGGGCCGCAGCCGUCUAGGGGCCUCGUCCUCAGGUGACCCCAGUGUCCCCGGCCGGAGUCCCAGAGCGCCGAGCCGGUUCCACCCCAUCGGUCCCCACUCUCGAAUCCUCCCCACGGCCGUCAAGGCCUGCCCCGCAACUCUCCUUUUCCGCUCCAGGGACAGGGUCCUCGCGGCCCAUGCUGGCCGCUGGGGGCCCGCGCCGUCCAGACAGUUUUCGGGCCGGCCGGCCGGGCACCAUGGUGGCCCUGAGGCCUGUGCAGCUCCUCCAGGGGGGCUAACAGUCCCAGAGCACAGGCCUCGGGAAGCGAGGGUCCCGGGCCUGAGCCCCGCACCAUGGCCGGGGCCAUCGCUUCCCGCAUGAGCUUCAGCUCCCUCAAGAGGAAGCAGCCCAAGACGUUUACCGUGCGGAUCGUUACCAUGGACGCCGAGAUGGAGUUUAAUUGCGAGAUGAAGUGGAAAGGGAAGGACCUAUUUGACCUGGUGUGCCGGACCCUGGGGCUUCGGGAGACCUGGUUCUUUGGCCUGCAGUACACCAUCAAGGACACCGUGGCCUGGCUCAAGAUGGACAAGAAGGUGCUGGAUCACGAUGUUUCGAAGGAAGAGCCAGUCACCUUCCACUUCCUGGCCAAAUUUUAUCCCGAGAAUGCGGAGGAGGAGCUGGUUCAGGAAAUCACGCAGCAUUUAUUCUUCCUGCAGGUAAAGAAGCAGAUCUUAGAUGAAAAGAUCUACUGCCCUCCUGAGGCUUCCGUGCUCCUGGCUUCUUACGCCGUCCAGGCCAAGUACGGGGACUAUGACCCCUCUGUUCACAAGCGGGGAUUUUUAGCCCAAGAGGAAUUGCUUCCAAAACGGGUCAUAAAUCUGUAUCAAAUGACUCCAGAAAUGUGGGAGGAGAGAAUCACAGCCUGGUACGCAGAGCACCGAGGCCGAGCCAGGGAUGAAGCUGAAAUGGAAUAUUUGAAGAUAGCUCAGGACCUGGAGAUGUACGGCGUGAACUACUUCGCAAUCCGGAAUAAAAAGGGCACAGAGCUGCUGCUUGGAGUGGACGCUCUGGGGCUUCACAUCUAUGACCCCGAGAACAGGCUGACCCCCAAGAUCUCCUUCCCGUGGAAUGAAAUCCGAAACAUCUCGUACAGCGACAAGGAGUUUACUAUUAAACCAUUGGAUAAGAAAAUCGAUGUCUUCAAGUUCAACUCCUCAAAGCUGCGUGUCAAUAAGCUGAUUCUUCAGCUGUGUAUUGGGAACCAUGACCUUUUUAUGAGGAGAAGAAAGGCCGAUUCUUUGGAAGUUCAGCAGAUGAAAGCCCAGGCCAGGGAGGAGAAAGCUAGAAAGCAGAUGGAGCGGCAGCGCCUGGCUCGAGAGAAGCAGAUGAGGGAGGAGGCUGAGCGCACGAGGGACGAGCUGGAGAGGAGGCUGCUGCAGAUGAAAGAAGAAGCGACAAUGGCCAACGAAGCACUGAUGCGGUCUGAGGAGACGGCUGACCUGUUGGCGGAAAAGGCCCAAAUCACUGAGGAGGAGGCAAAACUCCUGGCACAGAAGGCUGCAGAGGCCGAACAGGAAAUGCAGCGCAUCAAGGCCACGGCCAUUCGGACAGAGGAAGAGAAGCGCCUGAUGGAGCAGAAAGUGCUGGAGGCCGAGGUGCUGGCGCUGAAGAUGGCUGAAGAGUCAGAGAGGAGGGCCAAGGAGGCUGAUCAGCUGAAGCAGGACCUGCAGGAAGCCCGUGAGGCAGAGCGGAGAGCCAAGCAAAAGCUCCUGGAAAUCACUACGAAGCCCACAUACCCGCCCAUGAACCCAAUUCCAGCACCGCUGCCUCCUGACAUAUCAAGCUUCAACCUCAUUGGGGACAGCCCAUCUUUCGACUUCAAGGAUACUGACAUGAAGCGACUUUCCAUGGAGAUAGAGAAAGAAAAAGUGGAGUACAUGGAGAAGAGCAAGCAUCUGCAGGAGCAGCUCAACGAACUCAAGACUGAGAUCGAGGCCUUGAAGCUCAAAGAGCGGGAGACAGCCUUGGACAUUCUGCACAACGAGAACUCUGACCGGGGCGGCACCAGCAGCAAGCACAACACCAUCAAGAAGCCUCAAGCCCAAGGCAGAAGACCUAUCUGCAUUUGAGCCCUCAAAGUAGGUUGUUCCCAGCUCACUCUGCAGAGCGCCAAGUCCCGAGUGGCCUUCUUCGAAGAGCUCUAGCAGGUGACUCCACCAGCCCAGGAUCUACCACUGCUGCUGCUCCCAGCUCCAGCAGGACGGGUCGGACACCGUGGGAGCCACCCGCAGGUGGGCUGGCUGGGAGCUGCCGUGGGAGCUCCGGGACCGCCCCCAGCUGAGUGGAGAGCACAACCCCCUUCGUGCAAUUGCCUUGAACCGUGCCCUGCAGAGACUUCUCUCCGAGGGUGCUCGUUCUCCUGACCUGAGUCUCUAAGUUCCUUAAGAAGUAUUUGUGUUUUCUUGUCUGAUGUGUGAUCCCUUACUUCCCUGAUCAGAGGCACCCUGGGGUGUGUGCCUUAUUGUCCAGUGCUGAGCUCCCAGCCCAGUCGGGGAGGUGGUCAUCGGGAGUGAAGUGCACAGGCCCCUGGAGACCAGGAGGCUGAUGCCCCCGACCCCCACCCCUGGUUUCCAGAACAUUCAUUUCCUCCACUGGGGAGGAACUGGCCUCCUAAGCAGCAUGGCCCACCCGCAGUGGUACCCCCACGGUGGCACUCUGCCUUCUGGGUGGUCGGGAGUGCAAAGGCCGCCAUGACGGGGUGAAAACUCGGCAGAAGCUGCAAUGGUGUGCUAGCUGCCAGCAGAAGUGCUGGGAGGCCAGAUAUCCAUGUAGGAAUCUGCACCCUGCAGAACACACACUGCCCCUCCUCCUGCCCCCCCAACCCAGGGUCCGAGGGGCAGGUGGGAGCCACUUGUCUUUUUCACCCUGAGCCAGCCUCCGCCUCUCCUGCUGUGGAGGCUGGGGGACUCCCUGGUCGUGCUCUAGUCAGCACCCGGUAGCCCCGCCGUGACCGUGACCAGGGGCUCCGUAGAGCAGGGGAUAAGCCUUACCCAGUGAAGAGGCGCUUACUAAUGACACGUGAGGGCCAAGAGAGUCCGAGAGCUCGAGCGGUCUCUGGCAGCCCCGUGGGGUUUGAGAAGUCGAGACGCUCACAGCGAUCCUGCCUUGUGCUCUUGUCAGGCUGACCCAACGGAGUCCUGGGCUGGCUGCCGUCUGCAUGGGCCACCUUGCCCCAAGGAAGCCAGCCCUGUGUGUCACUCCAGUCCCUUAGGACCCACAGGAUAUGGGACUCUGCAUCAGAACACUAAGUGUGGGUGACUAUGACUGAACGAGUUCCUUUGUGUGUCCCAAUCCCUCAAAGUCCUUGUCCCCAGAGACGAGAGGGAGUCCUCAUUUGUAAUGUAAGGUCUGACCCUCAUGCGGAGGCUCUGUCUCCUCGGGCUCACCACCCCUCCCUGAAUUUCCACGAGCAUUACUUUCCUCCUGACCUGUACAUUUAAUCCAUAACUGGCUGUGAGCACAGGAGCAUGGUGGUGGUUUAUAAAAACAUUGUCAGGCUUUUUAAAAAUUAUUAUUUUACCACCGUGUGUAGUCUGGGAGAUGCCAAGCUGUGCGGCCCCAAGGGAGCCGGCCAGUGUCUGAGCUGCGGCAGGAGCCGUGGGGCAGACCUGGAGGCCCGCAGAGCCUUGCCCAGCCCAGAGCACCCAGCCCUCCUCGGAGAUGAAGGCUGGUGGGAGUCUCCCAAAGAUGGGUGGGCGGAGAGUGUGGGGCCUUCAGCCAGGGCUUGAGCUCCAGCAGAAGGGAUGAAAGAGGAGGUUGGUUUUCAGACACUUGUGCCUGUGUUCUUUUUAAGUGAACAUUUUUAGGGCUGGAAGCCCAUCAAGUAAGGAAGCCUCCCACCUCCAUUGAGAGCAGGGCCCCCGCCACGAUUGUUUCAUUAUAAGCUCUUCCGAGGGUUCUCGGGCAGAUGCGCCAUUCACGAAGUCGCUGCCCAGCUGUGACACUCCGAGAGGCUGCACUGUCAGCACUCAGCUGCCCUACACAGAGCGCCUCGGUCAUCCUGAUGGGGCCCCCACCUCAGCCACAGCGCCUCUCCCACCUGUAGUGCAGCCUCGGUUACUCACGUGUCCCCCGGACCCCGCUAGACAACACCCGCGGCAUUACAUAACACCUCUUCAGUCACUGUUUUGUAAUCCUAGGGGCAGCUCUCUCUCCCCCCCCUCUUUCAAAUCAAAACGGCAGGUCCAGAGGCUGACAACCAAGGACCGUGACUUAAGUGUUGCUCGCUGACCCAGCUGGAGCUUCACAGCCCCUGGGGCCGGGCUGUGGGCUUCCAGGGCAGCCCCACCCCUUCUCAAACACAUCCAGCCCCACCUCUCCCUGUGGGGCCUGAGUUUUUGCCUCCUGUCAGGGCCAGACCCUGGAACACUACUCUCUAUUUUGGGGGAUUGUUGUAAUUUAAAUGAUUGUUUUAAUAAAAAUUCUA